GACAUCUCCCACUUGCUGGCUGGCACCUUUGAGGACCUGUACACUGGAGAUGUUUUCGGGGUUGACAUGGAGGCGAACUGGACCACGUCCCGAGGAGGAGAUGAUGUUUAUCAUGAGAGUUUUACGGAGGAGCUUCAGAAGCUUCUUGCUGAGUGUAAGUGCCGACUGACAGAAGCUGACAGAGUAGAAGAGAACAUCAUUCAGGCCCAGGAUCGAGCAAAAACUGAAGAACAAAGGGCCCUAAAUGUGCUGAAGGCAGAUGCCGGGGAUGAAUUCCACAAAAUGGGAUUGCCACCAGUGGCAUCCUCUUUCAGGUGGAUUGUGGAUAAUGAACUUCUCAGAAAAAAUCAUUUAACCUGCCCUGAUGAUUACAUCACUGAUAAAUUACCUGUUACUAGAGCACCAAAAGGAAAAUCAGAACCUGGCUAUAUCAAAGAGACAUUUAGUUUUAAACAGCAUGUUUCUUCAGGCUCACGGGACCAGAUGCCUGGAGAGAUUGCACACCUACAGAAAACAUCUGGUAGUUUGACAAGUGUGUCUUUAUGCACAUUAACUCUGCCUUCAACUCCAGAGCCUAGCUACCAGACUAAAAAGACAAGUAAGAAAACUAAUACCUCACAGAAGCUGGCCUGGAGAGAUAGUAAGUGCAAAGCAGAGGGAGAAAGAGACUGUGCUUACCUUGCCAAACUUAAGAAAAGGCAGAAUUACUUGAAGAACCCCCGCUUUUUCCCACCAAAUACUCUUCAUGGAGGCAAAUCACUUGUCAUUUCUCAAGAAGAGGUGGAACGAACCAUAGCCAGAAGAAAAGAAGAAGAUAAUAAAGGUGAUACCUUAUUUGUUCCUGUGUUUCUAGCCAAUCCACCUACUGUUUUGUUUUCUGAUUAUGAAGUUGGCCAGGUUUAUGAGACGACUAUAGAGCUGCAGAACAUCACUUCAACAUGUCACCAUGUAAGACUUAUCCCCCCCUCUACUUCAGCAUUUGCCGUUGGGCCAGGAAAAUUUCCAGGAAAGGGAGGAAAGAUCGCUCCUGGGAUGACAUGCCAGUAUACGAUCCAAUUUAUUCCUGAAUAUCUAGGAGAUUAUGAAGACUGUAUAUUAGUGGAGACUCAAGUAUCAGAACCUCUUCUGAUACCAAUCCAAGCUAGAAGACCACCUCCAGUGUUAACAUUGCCUCACGUUGUAGACUGUGGUUCCUGCCUUGUUGGAGGAAUAAAAGUGAUGAUGAUUUUGUGCAGAAAUGAAGGAAUGAGCACUGGGAAGUUCUGUAUAAUGCCAAAGAAAGCCUGGCCACCUCCUAAUUUCAGGGUUGUUGCCACUGAUGGUUUUGUGAUACAAGAUCCUUUUGGGAUCCAUCCUGCUGUUUUUGAGCUAGCUCCAGGGCAGAGUACAACAGUAGAGGUAGUGUUUUUCCCUUCUUUUCCAGAAGUCUCACAGCAAACAUACACCAUUGUUUGUGACAAUUGCCAAGUCAAUGAUGUUACAGUCACAGGGGUUGGACAGCUGAUAGCUCUGGAGCUUGUGUUCAUCACAGGUGGAGAAAGCAAACCUGAACCCGGUGAAGUUACUGAUGUAACAGCACAACAUUUCAUACGAUUUGACCCCCAAAACCCACACGCCACCGAGGAGAAGAAAUUAGUUAUAAGAAACUCUACCCAUGUAGAACUUCCUUUCUACUGGCAGAUAAUAAAGCCUAAUCUGAAACCAUUAAUACCAGAAGGAACUGCAGACCUUAUGAAGCUCAAAUACAAUAGAGACACAGAGUCAGCCUUCUCCCUAAAUCCUGAGCAGGGGGUUUUGCUUCCCCAUGUGGAUCAUGAGUUUAUUCUCACUUACACUCCACAGGAGCUGAAGAGUUAUCACAGUGUGAUUCAGAUGGUACUGAGGGACAUCCCAGAAUCACCUUGUUUAGUAAAAGAGGGGAUGCUUCAAAACAUCCCAGAAUACAAAGCAGAGGAUGUAAUAGCACUGGACAUAGAAGUUAAAGGAUCGACAGAACCGUUUCAGCUUCUUCUGGAACCAUACGCCAUUAUCAUUCCUGGAGAAAACUUUAUUGGUGUAAAUGUCAGAAAAACAUUUAAGAUGUGGAAUAACAGCAAAUCAUUGAUCAAAUACACAUGGGAGAAAAUCAUGCUCUGUGACAUCAUGGAAGUUGAACCUCAUACUGGCAUCAUAGAUAUGAAUAAAUGCUGUGAAUUUGAACUGGCAAUUACUGGAAGCAAACCUGUGUGUAUCAGUCGUAACCUGCAGUGCAAAAUCGAACACUGUCCAGAGCCAGUUGUGUUGCAUGUUGAGGCUGUCUUUAAGGGUCCACUUCUUUGUAUCGAUGUUCCGUCACUCUGGUUAGGUUUGACUAAGCAGGGUGAGAGUGUGUUAAGAACCUUCGAGAUUAGAAAUCUCUGUCAGCUUCCAGCACAGUGGAGAAUGCAAGAGAGCCAGGUUUGUCUAGCAGAAAGGAAUGAAGAGGUAUCUCCCUUUACCAUUCGACCAUCUGCUGGAGUAAUACCUCCUUUGGGUAUAUGCAGUGUGUCAGUUCAGUUCACAUCAUUGCUGUGCCAGCGUCUCCAGACAGUAUUAGAACUAGAGGUAGAAAAUGGAGAAGGAAGUCAUCUUCCUGUUUUUGUUGAAGUUCAGACCCCCCAAGCAUGCCUGAUAUCUAGUCAUCUAGUAUUCACUGAAAUUUAUACUGGAGUUCCUGUCAAAGCAACCAGCAAACUUUUUAACCAGACGCUGCUGCCAGCAAAAUACUUAUGGGGAAAGCUCAUUGGAAGUCAGGCAGCUUUCUGCUCCGCUGCUGUCUCCCCAGCCAGUGGCACCUUAGGCCCAAAUGAAGAAAAAGAAUUCUGCAUAGAGCUGUCAGCUAACAUCAUGGGUGAGCUGAAAGACCUUGCCCUUUCCUGUAGCAUAGAAGACAUGAUUGAACCCCUCUUUCUGAGUAUUUCUGGAGAAGUGAAAGGACUGCAUGUCACCUACUCAGUACCUUGUGACAGUGGAGUUGCCAG